GUCCUCAAACAUCAUGGCGGAGAGUGAUUCGGAAUUUUAUUUAUAAAACUGAGUUUUUCGGUGGGGAAAAUAGGGUUAGUGAGUGUUUCAAGAUGGAUGCCGUAAAAACUUUCAACUCAGAGCUUGCGGGGCUGUACGAAUGCAAGCCCCCAAUCUCAAAGGCGAAGAUGACAGCCAUCACAAAAGGGGCAAUCAGAGCCAUCAAGUUCUACAAACAUGUAGUUCAGAGUGUUGAGAAAUUUAUACAAAAGUGCAAAACAGAGUACAAGAUCCCAGGUUUGUAUGUGAUAGACAGCAUAGUUCGGCAGAGCAGACACCAGUUUGGAGUUGAGAAGGACGUGUUUGCUCCCAGAUUUGCUAAGAACAUUCUGAUCACCUUUUUCUAUCUCUUCAAGUGCCCGCAGGAAGAUAAGAGCAAAGUCAUCCGAGUGUUGAACUUGUGGCAGAAGAAUCAGGUCUUUGCAGAAGAGGUCAUACAACCACUUUUUGACUUAGCAGACCCCAAUCAUCCAAUCCAGAAGGAAGUUGGUAAUCAGAUUGCACAGAAAGCACUGAAGGCCAAGUCACAGCACAACAACCAAGAUCAACAGGGUACUCCAGUCUCGGGUGGAGGUGGAGGUGGCCGUGCAGAUGGGAGAGAUGGGCAGAUUAAUAGCAACUCGGCCAACAUGUCACAACAGGUGGACUCUGAGUGCACACUCGUACCUUUAGUAAAUCAACAGCAUCCUGUCCCAGUUACAAGUGUAUCAAGUCAGGUCAUGAAUGCUGCUGUCACCAAUUUGGACCCAGGCCUUAUCCAGCAGAUCCAACAGAUUCUCAUGAAGCAGCCUACCCAAGACGAUGGGUCAGGUAUGGCAGCUGCUGCUGCUGCUGCUGCUGCUGCUGGGAUGGUUCCACCAGUUCCAGAUGAGGUGAAAGGUCAAGUCAUUCCAGGGCUUACAACAACAGGUGACUAUGAUGGGCGAUCACUUCCAUUCUUGGCAGUGGACACCUCUCAGCCUCCACCAGGGUAUCUCCCUCCUGGGCCCUUCAUGGGAGGAAUGCCACCCACUCCCAUAGCAGUACCACCACCAACGCUAGACUUCUCACAAGUUCACCCACCCCCAGAGAAACCCAAAAGUCCAAGAGAAGAAGGGGAGCACUCAGAUGACAGUGACGAUGUCAAAGAAAUUCGCCAUGAGGACCGCGAUUCAGACAGACGCCGGCGUAGCCGAUCACGGUCUAGAAGCCGGUCACGACGCAGAAGACGAUCCAGAUCACGCUCAAGGUCCCGGUCUAGGUCUAGACACAGAAGGUCACGAUCACGCUCCAGAGGUCGAAGGUCAUCCUCUAGAUCACGCAGGAGGAGGUCAAGAUCAAGGGACAGAGACAGGGAUAGGGAUCGUGACAGAAGGGACAGGGAUAGAGACAGAGAUCGUGAAAGAGACAGGGAAAAGGAGAGAGAAAAGGAGAAGCUUGAUCCUGAGAAGGAGCGCCUGAGGGAGAAGGAGAGGGAGAAGGAAAAGGAGAGAAAAAAGAGAGGACUUCCUCCCAUCAAGAAGGAUCACUUGAGUGUCUGUUCCACAACUCUCUGGGUUGGCCACUUGUCGAAGCUUGUGCACCAAGAAGAGCUGUCUGAUACAUUUGGAGAAUAUGGUGACAUAGUAUCCAUUGACCUUAUUCCACCACGUGGUUGUGCUUUCAUAUGCAUGAAUAGACGUCAGGAUGCUGCUAGGGCACUAGCCAAGCUCAAAAAUCACAAGAUGCAUAACAAGGCCAUCACUCUUGCCUGGGCCCCAGGGAAGGGCGUAAAGGGGAAAGAGUUCAAAGACUACUGGGAGGUAGAGGUUGGCUGCUCCUACAUCCCAUUCCACAAGUUGAUCACCAUGAGUAGCCUAGACCUCGACAACCUGGAGGAAGGUGGCAUGAUCGAUGAGGAAACUGUUCCUGAUUGGCUGAGAGGUCGCUAUGGUUUAGAACAAGCUCCACCCGGGCCUCCCCCAGGCUUUGUACCAAUUGGAGUGCCACCUGGACAUCCUCCCAACUCACGAGGACAGGAGGGCGUGGCCCCCCUGCCGCCAAUGCCGCCACCAGUAGAGAAAUCUCAAGAUGUUAGUCGAGAUGGUCCCCCGUUGCCCACUAGUGCCCCAGGUCUACCUCCAUCUAUGUUGCCGCCUCCAUUUGGUUUGCCAAACAUGCCUCCACCUCAAGUUGGCCAUGGGCAUGGACCUGGACACGGACACGGGCAUGGACACGGACAUGGACACGGACAUGGUCCUGGACAUGGACAUGGUCCUGGAGGAAUGCCUCCUCUACCCCAAGGCUUAAUGCCCCCAAACAUGCCUCCUCUAGGAGUUCCACCACCUCUGGGUCUGCCACCACUUGGUGUCCAUCCACCUGUGUCAUCGAUCUUGGGUCAGCCUCUCAUAGGUGCCAUGCCACCCCCAGUUAGCAUGGCACCCAACAUGCCCAACCGGCCUAUUAUGCCUCCUGGAAGUGACCUGCAGAGCAAUAUGAAUUCUGCACCGCCUAUUACGACCAUGGCAAAUAGUGCUAACAUGAUAAAUAGUAAUUCUCAUGACUCAAAUGAUAUGGAUAUUGAGAUGGAAGAUGUAGAGAAAAAUGAUAUUGGAAAGGAGAAUGGACUAUCAUCGAAGGAGAAGGAUGAUCGUGGGGAGAGAAGAAGAGACCGGCCAUCACGGUUUGACAGAUCUGGAGGAAGAUCGCCUCCGCGUGACGAGAAAAUGGGAUUAGUUGAACGAUUAAGAAAUCUUGCUUCUGGAGGCGAGAUGGGCCAACGGGAUAGAUACGACAGGGACAGGGACAGGAGGGACAGGGAUCGUGACCGAGAUAGAGAUCGAGGACGAGUUGGACAUGACAGAGAAGAUCGGGUCCAUGACCGUGACCGUGACCGUGAUGAUGCAAGAGGACGGGAUGACAAUCAGUUUGGGCCUGAUGCCUUCAAUGGGCCUCCACCUGGCUUCCCCCAACAAAGCCAGCGACCUGAUGGUCCAGCCAAUUUCCGUCCAGAUGGCCCCGGUGGUCCCAAUGGUCCAGUUGGGCCAGGAGGACCUGGUGGGUUCAACAAUUUUGUGCCAGUGCCAGGCUUUGGUCCACCCGGUGGAGGAGGCUCGAGUAACCACCCUGGGAUUAUGGGAGGCCCACCUGGCCCACAUGGGCCUGGAGGAAUGAGGAAUGAAGGCUUUGGCCCCAUGGGAAUGGGCAUGAUGUCUGGACCCAAUGGACCAGGUUUUGGUCCUCGGAAUAUGCAUGGGCCUGGAGGGUUCAAUGGCCCUAGAGGCUUGCUUGGACCCCCACCCAUGGGCAUGGGAUCCAUGAUGGGAGGCAGGCCACCCCUCAUUGGUGAUAUGCCCAGUGGCCACAGCGGACCUGGUGGAAUUCCUGGACAAAGGCCAGGUAUGUGGAUGGAUGGUCCAGGACCCAGGUUCCAAGGCCAUGAUGUACAUGGGCCCAGAGAUGGCCUCCCUGAUAGGCCAUGGGACAAUGACAGGACCAGAGAUGGAGAUAGAAAUAUGGACAUGGAUCGAUUCAGGGAAGGAGACCGAGGCCGUGAUGAAGACAGAGGGAGGGAUCUUGACCGGGAUCGCUCCAGAGAUGACCGAGGACGAGAUGACCGUGGAAGAGAUGACCGAGGCAGGGAUGACCGUGGAAGAGAUGACCGAGGCAGGGAUGACCGUGGAAGAGAUGACCGAGGCAGGGAUGAUCGUGGAAGGGAUGACCGCACAAGAGAUGACCGUUCAAGAGAUGACCGCUCAAGGGAUGAUCGAUCCAGGGAUGAUCGCAUGAGGGAUGACCGCUCUAGAGAUGACCGCUCCAGGGAGGAUCGGCCUAGAGAUGACCGGUCUAGGGACGACCGUUCCAGAGGAGACCGAUCUCGAGGUGAACGCUCAAGAGAGGAUCGUUCUAGGGAUGAUAGAUCAAGAGAUGACCGGUCUAGAGAUGAGAGAACAAGAGAUGACCGGAGAGACGAUCGCAGAGAUGACCGGUCUAGAGACGAUAGAUCUCGUGAUGAGAGAUCUCGUGAUGAACGUGGGCGUGAGGAACGGCCAUGGGAGAGCAAUAAGUCUCGUGAUGGGGACAGGCCAUCACGUAGGGAUGAAAAGAGGUCAUGGGAGAAAUCAAGAUGGGGACCACGUGAAGAGGAAGAGGAAAAUAUACCCAUGGAGGGUAAUGAACCAAAUUGGGAUAUGUGGGCUUCUGUAUCAGAUAAUAUGAAUAUGGGACUUAACAAGAAUGUAAUAGAAGAAAAACCAAAAGAAGAAAAGAUAGACUUAACUAAGGAAGAAUCACAGGAGGAGGAUCAGAAACCCACUGAAGAAGAAGCCCCAAGUUUAGCUAAGGAGGAGUUGAAAAUGGAUGUCAAUGAAGAACACUCUGACAGCAAAGAAAAUCUGUUAUUAAAAGAUGAUCCAAGUUAUGCAGAACAAGGUGACAAUCCUGAAUGUGCCCCACCUACCAUGCCAGAAAUGGAUCAGGCAGAUGAAAACAUUCAAGAUGAGUCAGCUGAUAUUGAUAAUUCUCAUCAACAAGAACAGGAGCAGGAAAUGGAAGUAGAGGACCACAUGAAAGUUGAGCAUGGGGAUACAGUUCAAGAAUCUGAACCACUACCUGUAGAUCAAGAAGAACAAAGAGAGGAAUCCCAAUGUGAAAAUAAUGCUCAAGAGUGUGACUUCCCCCAGGAAUCAGGUGAGGUGCAACAGGAAAACACAAAUCAAGACACACAUUCUCAGGAAAAGAGUGAACAAGAAGAGUCCUCCUCACAGAGGGAGUUCGUUCAAGAGAGAGAGUUAGAAGCAUCCUCACCACAGCAGGAAAAUCAAGAAGAGGAGUUUGAUGAGUCAGGGAGAGAGACACAUGAAAGGGAGGCUGAGGACUCCGGCAUCGAACACCCAACUGCUGCAGUGGAGGAGGAUAAUGAAGGGAGAUAUAGUGUAAAUAGUCCUGGUAGUGAUAAUCCUCAGCCCGAGGGAGUUGCUUAUGAUGAUGGUGAUGAACGGGCCAAUGAAGGGGCAGAUGAAGGCUCUGGGAUUGAUGAGGAUCAGGGUCAAGUAGGUGAUGAAACUGAAGGACAGGAAGAAAGUGAUGGUGGACUAAAUGAAGACUGAGCAUUAUGCUUGAAUAUCAUUUGUGCCUAAGCAGUUAGAUUUUCUGAAUGAACUACUCGGGAACUUGGCAGAACCAAAAUUGCUUAAAACUACGAUGUGAAAUGUGAUCAUGAGCUUAGUGUUUUAAAGUCAUCUGAUAUAUAUACAAUGCAGUUACAAUGAUGCAGCUGUGACAUCAGUGGAAUUUGAAAUUUGAUAUUUCAGUACUUUUACUGACUGAUAAAAGUGGAUAAUUGCAAUAGUGUUUCAAAGGAAUAUAUUGAGAAAUUACUUGAGGUGUACCUGAAGUCUGCUGGGACAUGAUGCCGCAAGUGACGAACCUACCUGUAAUGGGGGACAUGUGUCAUGCUAUUAUUUAUAUUCCUCUCAGGCGAGUGACUCUGUACCUUUUGGCUGUGAUCUUAUAAAUAUUUUCAUAAGCAGUUCUGUACAGUUUUAGCUUUUUUUUUGUUUUAAUUUCAAAUAUUAACUUCAAUAAAUUUUUAACUAUUUUGCAUAUGACGGGAUAUUUCAUUUGUCCAAAGGUAAUUCUGUUAGUAAAAAAAAAAAAAAAAAAUGGAAAGGAAAGAAAAAUGACGUACAUCACAAAAAACUGAAAAGUCCUUGAAAAUAAUGGCUCACCAAGGAAGAGAUCAUUAUUUACCCAAAAUAUAACACCAAGGCAAUGUCAUUAGGUACAUGAGUCAUGCUGGAUGAUACGACUCAGGUAGGUCAGUAACUUCGGCAUCUCUGCAGUCAACGACCAGCUCAGCGAUGGACCCAGCAUGUCCACUCAAAUGUAGUGGUUCAUGCAAGGUAUGGUACCAAGUGGGGAUCCUCAAGUGUACAGAUGAAAACAAGUGUACAGUGCACAUCUGCCAACAAGGAUAAGUGCCCAAGUGAAACUGUGUAUAAAGAAGUGGGGUGUAUUAGCCCAUAAUGCAACGAACUUGACAAGCUGCAAGAAAGUGAAUGCAAUAUUGUUCCUCUGAGAUGUUGUGCAUUCUCGUGUGUUGGUGACCUCAAUAACUUCUUCCUCCUGCCAGUUAUAUGCUGUUACUAAAACUUUUGUUAAAAACAAAAUAAUUUUGUGUAUAUCUUGAACUUGUUGAUUCCUUGUUUUCCUUCAUUCUAAAUAUGCCAGUAAUUUUUAGAGGCCUAAAGCUAAAUGAUAAGUUAAAGUCAACAGCUGUUAAAAGAGAAGAAGGGCCUGAGUGGUGUGCUCUCACACUUGUUUUAUUCUGUAUUUCAUGGUGGGUGGGCGGGAGCUGGAUCUUGCCUCCCGCCCAGCCAUUGCCUCUUCUGCAGUCACAAGUGUUACUCCAAUCUAACCUCCACAAACACAGUGAACUUAUGACUCUCCUCGCCUUCCAUCUCUCAAUCCUCCCUUGGUCAUUGUUAUCUCAGUCCUCCAAACCUUUUUCUCCUUCAAUUCCAGUCCAAUCAGAGCCUUUAAUCUCAGCCCUGAAACAGAUCCCCCAAGAGCAUCCUCUUCAACAUGUCCACCUCGCCAUUGAUUUUUCUGUAUCUAGCCACUUGAUCUAUUAAGACCAUACUUUUCUUGUGUGUUCUUGACACAAGCACGAGUUGGACACAUUGCAUGUCAUAUCUACAGAUGUAGUUAAGAAAGCAUUAUGGGAAUAGUCAGAGUCACUAAGAAUGAGCAUAAUUUGCAACAUGCAUUAAUUGUCACUACAUGAUUCAUGAUGAGCACUUUACAUGGAAAGUUAGUGUGAGGUGGAUGGUAUCCUCUGUGACUGCAAUCUUGGAGAGUCGACCAUUAUAUUGUUAAGUGAUUUUGACAUUUCAUAUUUAAAUGGUGAUCGACGGUGUAAUCUUAGGUUUAAGUUAACUAGAGAUAGUGUAGAAGAAGUGACUGCACAGGCCAACACAGAGUGAGCAGGUGAUGGCUGUAUAUCCUUCCUAGCCCUGGUCACCUCCACCCCAUCAGAGUCUCCGCCACCACCGCCUUUACUGCAGCCUCCAGCCGAUCAGCAGGAUGAUGGCGGUGGACCAGCCUAGGGUGGGAUGUAUGAUUGUAUACUGUGCUUAAUGUAGUAAUAAAGUGUUUGUACUCCUGAUAAAUUUCACUGAGCCUUA